AAGGUUAAACCCUCUGGGGCCGGUGUGUAAAACGAGGCCAAUCCUCAUACACUCAAUUACUGCUCGACACCAUGAUGGAAAUGUUGCCCUGGCAUCCUUAAUAAGCUGAAAAUAGGUCUGUUAUUUUAGCGCUUUAUCUGGAAAGUUCACCGCAACACCUGCCAUUCGGUACAUCAACAGUUCUGGAGUUCGCUUCACGAAUGUGCGACAUGAGGGCAGAGAUCUGCGAGACGCCACGUUUUCUGCUGCCUUUAACUGAGCGUUUCACAAAGAAAUCGCAAGUUUGAUCUCUAAUAUUAUUAUUAUUAUUAAUAUACAUGUGAUCUGUGACUUAUUCUGGAUUUGCACAAGCCUCUGCAUAAUCAACACAAACCCCAUGUUUGCACUGAAACCCCGGAUUUAAGGUAAGUCUGAAAUUCUUUUAUGUUUUUUUUUUUUUCCUCGCCUUUAUUAAAAUAGAUAUUUGUCCACUGCUGUGCACCGUAAUUACACUUUGGGAGCGCCACGGUUUCCAUGGAGAUCCACAUUAAAAACACAACAGAGAGUGGAAAUGGAGGAGCUACUGAACACUGUGAUGAUGUCAUGUGACCGAGAAAGAAAAAUAAAAACUCCUACUGAUCCUCCUGUUUUUUGAAUUGCAGGAGUUUUAUCACUAAAGAGUAGAAGUGUGAAAUAUUUUACACAGACCCCCCCUGAGAACAUAACCCCAACUGGAUAGGGUUUAAGUCGCAGAAAUUCUGCUGAAUUUCUAGAGAUAUUUUUUUAGGAAACAAGUGCUUUUGUAAAACUGAGGAAUUGAUUAACAAUCCUAACUGCAUCAGGGAUUUUAAAUAUGUUUUAAAUAUGUUGAGUGGUUCAUUUUAUUUAUUGUGAAAUUAUGCUACAUUUAAUGUCUAAUAAAGAUAAUGUAGACUUAACAAUGGAUUCCUCCAUUUAGAGUAAGUAAAAGAACGGGAUCAUUAUGCUCAUUCAACUCCGCUGUAUGUUGAGAAAAGUUUAUGGAAGGAUGUUAAACAGGGGAACAGAAGGGGAUUUACCACUGAUCUAAAAUAGCAUCAAUAAUUCUUUACCAAUGUUAAAUAUUUAUCUCAUUAUAAAAAUAGAGCUAAGCUCAUUUUAUCGUUUGGAUUAACACAUGUGUAGUGAUCAUGAUUUUCCCAUCAUUUAAACGCUUAUAACCUGAUAUCUCAGCCUGUGUCCUUUCUGCAGGAAUACUCCGUCCCCUCCCAGAAACUUUCCCAGCAGUGUUUAAUGCUGAUAUAAAAAGCAGCAGCUUAGCUUUGAUCGGAGCUGAAAGUACAGCUUGUCUUUUGUGUUUAACUCAACGUCCGGAGCGCUGGAUCAUUCCUGCCCUCUCUGCUCUCCUCCCGCCAUGCUGGACUUCAUAAUAAACUGCACUCGCUCCGGCUGAACUGAUCAACCGCUAAGUUGCUCUGGAAGGAUAUAAAUGUCCCUGUGGGUAAAAAGUGCUCUGGAAACUGCUGGAGUUCAGAUGACAGAAGAUUAUUGGAGAAAAAACCCACAGUAAAACAGAAGAUGGCAAAAUUUUUACAAACAGAAAGAUAAAAAUAAGGACAAAGAACACAAACACAAGCAUCAUAAAAAGGAUAAAGAAUGUGAUAAAUUAAAGCAUAGCAACAGUGAGCAGAAGCAAUCCUCAGAUAAGAAAAACAGAGAUAAGGAGAAGCUGAAACACAGAGAUGGAUCAUCAGACAAACACCGGGAUAAAAACAAAGAGAAAAGGAAGGAGGAAAGGUCUUACGAUGGGAAGGUGAAGGUGAGAGAGAAUGGCUUUGACAGCCCUCCUUGCAAAAACUGAGCCAGAGAACGUCUUCCUCUCCUCUCCCAAACACAAGUCCAUGAAGAGAGGACAUGAGGACGAUGAAGCUGAGUUUAAGCCCAAAAAAAUAAAAACUGAGUUUGAUAAAACUGAGAAAAAGUUGAAAAAAAGAAAACAGGAUCCAGAGGACAUUAAACCUAAAAGGAUUAAGGAUAAGAAAGGACAGAGAGAAACAAACGGCAAGAAGAAAGUAAAGAAGGAGCCUGAAGAAAAAUGGAAGUGGUGCAAGAAGUUUGGAGUCCCUGUGGAGAAGAUAUACAACAAAACUCAACGUGAGAAAUUUGCGUGGGCGAUUGACAUGGCGGAAGAAGACUUUGAAUUUUAGAGUUUUAACACCUCCUAUAUUUUAUUAUGUGAUUUCCAGCAGGUGAGAAGUUCGACAAAUAGGAAAAGUAAAAUCAUAGGCAUUUCCUGCCUCCUUUUUUGCUUUCCCCUUUUCCUCCCCUUUUCUUGUUCAUCUCCUCUUCCUCCACUGGAGCACAAGUGAGCACAUAGAUCUUUAAAUGUUUGAAAUCUGGUGGUAAAACGUGUUUGUUUUUUUUACACUGAUUUAUUUAUUUUUUUUAGAAUAAAUUAAUUUUAGCUCAAAAUAUUCUAUAUUUGAAUAGAUAUUUAAAAUCUAAUAUAAUUUGUCAAGUACGUCCCCAAGCCUUUUUAAGAGUAUUUGCUCCUUGUGAGAGCUUGUAAGCAAAGAAGUGUUUUGUGCUGUUCUGACUCUUUUUUGGGAGAAAGUGUGAGAUUUUCAGCAAACAAUGUACAUGUACUUUGAUUUUAACCAGUUGUCUUAAUAAGGAGAGAACUCUCUCUUAUCUUACUUGAAGAUAUUGCUAAAAUGAUCUGUGUGAUUUAUCUGGAUGGAAAAAUGCAUCUUACCAAAAGGUUAUGAUGGGAUAUCAACUUUGCCAAAAAACUUAACUCUUAAUGAGGCAGUCCUAUUUUUUUAUAUUUAAAUUUAAAAAAUAAAGGGAGUUUAAACAUUAAUUUUCUUUUAAUGCUUGAAUUCAUCUCUGUAUCAUGAUUUAUUUAAAAAUGUAAAAUACACAUGAGCAUCAGUGUGUCUGUAUCAUAGCCUCUAAUAUUUCUAUUUUUCUUCUCUCUUUGCUCAUGAGUUUUUUUAAGAAUAAAAACAUCUAAAAACUC